AUGCAAGACGGGAAGACACAGAACAAUGGUGCAAUGACGCCUCCAGCAACACCAACAUCAUCCUCUCACUUCAGGUCUGGCUUCAAGUCAGAUGACUAUAGCAUACAGACUGGGCUGGCGCGCCAUGCAUCUACAGCAUCGACUGCUUCUGUCCCUCGCUCACCCUCCAUACGUUCCCACCCCGUAGCACUACAGAUCUUUGACUACGACAUACUCGAGUAUGUGAUACUAGUCGAUGAUAACAACAAGAAGCGUCCUAUCGGUACCGGUAUAUGGAGCGACGUGUACCUAGCGGCCCCAAGUUUACCAAAGCCGAGUGAUGAGUCAUUUCUACUACCACCUUCGGCCACAAAAUCGCCCCCUGUCACCCCAAUAAAGUCGAACGACUCAGCUGUUGGACUGAAUUCAUUUCCUGCUGUACCGCCUCUGUAUGCGAUCAAAGCUCCUGCAUCUAUGAGCUCACGCAAGGUUCUGAGAGAAGAAGCGAAGGUUCUGUCUUACCUGUCCCAGUUCCCGGAAUCGGAUAAACACAUCGUACAAUUCUUCGGUCAGGAUACCCGCAACGAUGCGCUGGUACUAAAAGCCAUGGACGGUACUUUGGAAGAUUGGAUCAAGAAGGACUUAAAUAGCCUUCCUGAAGAGCUCCGCUCAACCAAGCUUGGGACCGUAUUUCCCUGCAUCGCACUAGCCCUGAUUGACAGUCUGAUGUGGAUGCAAGACAAGAACUGUAUCCAUGCAGAUAUCAAGCCUGCGAACGUUCUGAUCUCCAGCACCCCUGCGGAUCUCACGUCUGCACCAGCAACAGUAUACUCUGACUUCUCAUCGACCAUUCUGAUUGCACCGGAAAUUGAGGUUCACAACGCCUCGCCUCUCGGCGCCGGGACCUGGGAUUACCUCGAUCCGUCUCUGCUAAGCAGCUUCGCACCUGCAGAGCCGUCUGCCGCUACCGAUCUGUGGUCUCUCGCCAUCACCCUCUUAUUUCUCAUCAGUGGCGCGUCACCCUUUGAUGCCUUCAGGCAUAACAAAUAUCAACAACGUGAGAUGAUCAAAUCCGGCAGCCCGCUCCAAUGUCUGGCCUACGAUGACGUAGGCAUCAGAAACAUGCGUAGAAUGAAGGACCUGUCGAAAGCCCUUGGACUCGACCUGCACAAAUGGUUCGCUAAGGUACUAGUCAAAGAUGUCAGUAAGCGCAUUGAUGUGGCUGCGUGGAAGGACGAGCUGGUAUGCGCUACGACCAAGGUCGGAUCGAUGAUCUAG